GGAAUAAGUCAUUUUUGGAACCCUUCCAUGGCCACCAAAACGGUGGAUCUUCGACAACUACGUCGGGAACUUAUCAUAAGAGAGUGGACUAGAAUAUUUAAGAAUUUUAGAUAUCUUGGGUUUGUAGGUUUUACCAAAGGAGUACCCUGGAGACGGUUGUUUCUGAGACAGCGAGUGACAGAAGGGCUUUCCGAAGUGGACGCACGUUUUUGUAAGCCUUGGGAAGGUCGCGAAGUUACCGAGAAUUUAGGAUGGAAGGAUAUGAAACCUUUGUUUCUGGGUUUUCCAAGUGCUGUCUGUUUUUCUAACGACUCACAACAGUUUAUGGAAGCUAUGAAAAGAAGUUGUUCUCUGAUUCCAGGUGGUUUAUUAUUGGGAGCUAAAGUAGAUGAGUUAUUACUAUCAGGACCUUCCUUUCAGAAAAUUCUGAAUGGUCCGAGCCAGAAGGAAUUGCAACUUCAGUUAUUGAACUCUCUCAAAGGGGAUGUGUCCUUAGUCACUGUACUAGGACGUCCUCAACAAGAGUUGGUCAAUAUUUUUUCGAACCGUCUUCGGUCGUUGACUUGUGUAUUGGACAACUACGAGAAGAAGCUGUCUUAGUCUAAACUUUUGUCAGAUUUUUGCAGGGCCAUGAUGAUCUUUAUCUGUCAAUCAGCGGAUAGUUUAUAUGUGAAGAUUGAUUUACCUCUAAGAAGUUCUGAGCUCUGCGAGUACUCAAGAAAUAGCUUUUUGUUUUAUAGAAAAGAGCAUUAGAGCAAUUUCAGAACACAUAGUUAUAUACUGUGUUCUAAGAUCUUUGUGAUAAGAAAUAAACGAGUGUCGUUAAGGAGCAUUUUAUUUAAAAUUGUCUAAAAUUUUCAAACGCUUUCCAUUGAAAAGCAGUACUUUUGUAUCAACACUGUAGAAGAAUUGAAGAUGUAAGGUGUUAAGGAUGUGUAGUUGAACAGUUUGUCACUGUUGAAGUUCUUCAAUAUUCAAUAUUGGAAAAGUUCAAACAUCGAAACAACUCUGUAUUCAAAAGUCUUUUCGCAAACGAUACCCAAGUAAAAGUCUUGUUUUGUGU